AUGGAUUCCUCAAAACUAGCAGGCAUCAAACAGAACAUGGAGCUUUUGGGCCUUGCUGAACCCCCGAAAUCAGACGGAGCAACUUCCGAAACAACAUCGCCGAGUCGGACACAGUCACAACAAUCCCAGGGUUCUCAUUUGACCUCCGACUACCCACAAGUGGGAAUCAACAGCAGUCAUAGCGGCACACCCCAACUAUUCCCAUGGCGCUUCAAUCUCGACGCCACCGACUUGGGCCGCACUGAGACACGUCACGAAGAGGCGGCAGGAGAACUCCAGUAUAUCGAUAAACAGAACCAGAACCCAAGAUCAUUGGGAGGCAUUUCAUCCGAAGCUGGCCGCUCCGAUUGCAGCUUUCUCAGUAUUGUACCAAUACAAGACAUGGGUCACUCAGCUCACAUCGAGUGGGAGUCAUCAGAGAUUGCGAAUGAUGCAUGUGGUGUAGGAAUCGAGGUAUUACCUUCAACUUCUCUCGUACCACAGCCGCAGGAGAACGCCAACGACUACGUUGACGUUCAAACCAUGAGCGAUGCCAUGAUUGCAGCCAGUAUUACGUCAGCCUCAGAUGACAUGAACUUUUUGCCUCUGGAUGCACUUCGCCGAAUCGUCACUCCGUCAGCCGUGCAAAGACUUUUGGGGCAUGCAUUUCCUCAUUUCAAACCAAAGGUCAUCAACAGCUGGGUCUCCAGGAUUAGUGGCGAGCAGGAUGAGCCGAAGACAAAAGUCCAACCGAAAAGACGAAAGAUAUUCGCCAUAUUGAUACUAAUGGAGCAAGUACAGUUGAUUGAAGAUUUCAUCAAGAACGGAAUUGAUGACAAGAAUUUGCCUCUGGAAAUCAAGCGGAAUGCAAAACAGAAGCCUUUCAUUCAACUUCAAACGCAGGAAGGUUGUGUCUUGAGUUGCUUUAACCACUGGCGAACCAAACACGUCAACGACUUUGUUCAAAACCAACAGACCAUUUGUACACCGUUCUUCAAACUACCAGGUGCGGAGGUGCACUACUACGAAAUCAAAUCUAAAACUAUCCUACCAUUUGAAAAGUACGACCUAGUCCAAAUUGGCGGCUACGGUAGCGUUAGAAAAGUCAGGAUCCACUGCGCUCACUACAGCCGCGACGUUGGUUCCAAGGUACGUGGGGAAUUAUGA